CUAAACAUCCGUACAAACACGUAUAUAACUACACGCGUGCAUUUAGUCCAAAGUGCAAAGCGCGAAGCUGGGGACAAUCCGCCAAACCGCUCCUCCUGUACAUUUCUUUUUGCUCCUGCAAAAUAUUUAUAAGAACAUACUUAGUAAAAAGGGGGGUAGAAAAAGCGAAGAAAAUGUUUGGAGGGAAUUAAAAAUUUUCCCCUUCUUUUCCUAAGUUUAUUUUUUUUUUUCGUCAACAUUAUAAUAUAUAGCUCACGCUGGGGGAGGAAUCCGAAGUCGAAUUUGAAAGCAAGGGCGCAAUUUGCACGUAGGAGAAGCAUAACCCCCCGGACGAACUCUCAUCACAAGAAUGGUAUAGCUCUGAAAGGCAGCACAGAAGAACACCCCCUUCUCCUACAGAAGCCCCUCUACCCCUCACUCUUAUAUUUAAGCAAAAAUACAAUUUAGAAGAAAUGAACGAAGAUGGAUCGAACAAUUUAAUCAUAGAAGAUAUAAUCAGAAAACAUAUUGAAGAGAAAAAGGAACUAGUUGGAAAAAUGAUAAAAUUUAGAGACAGGAUUCCACUAGUAGAGUAUAAAAAGAAUGAUGACGAAAUGUACAUAUGCUCAAAGUACUAUUUUAUAGGCGAUAUUUACAUUAAGGUGAAGAAAAAGAAGGACAAGUUUAGGAUCACCUUUGUGGGUGGCAAAGAGGUCGACGACGAGGAGCAUCUGGGGCAAUCGCAUAUGGAAGAGUCGCAUCUGGGACAGUCGCAUCUGGGGCAAUCGCAUAUGGAACAGUCGCAUAUGGAACAGUUGCAUUCGAAGAAGUCGCAACCGGAGAUGGAGCACAGUUGGACAUUUACUGAUGAGAAGAAAAACACACUAAGGGAAAUGACCAGGGAAGACGAAGAUGCGGACAAGCUACAUACAGAAGCAUCGAAUGAUAAUCUGCGAGCGUACACAGAUAAUGACCAACUAAAUGCAGAAGAAGAUACAGACGAACUGAAUACAGAACUAUAUAACGAAAUGAUAAACGGUCAGUUAGAAAACGAGUUGCUAAAUACAGAACUGUAUAGUGAAAUGCUGAACACAGAUUUUUGUAGCCAAAUGUUGAAGACUCAGUUGGACAGCGAAAUGUUGAGCGCAGAGUUGUACAACCAGAUGCCGAACACAGACUGCGAAAAUUGGGUUCUUUCGAAAUUCAGGAAAAAGAAAUUUAUCAUUAUUUUGAGUGGAACCUCAGGUGGGGGGAAGAGCACCCUUAGUUGCCUUUUGGGUCUUUUUUUGAACAUUCGACGGAUUCUUUCGACAGAUGUGGUACGGGAAAUUUUAAGAAAGUACAAAGUGAAGGAUGACAAGUAUCUUAAGUUUUCAACGUACGAAUCGUGGAAGGUGAAAGGUAUCGAAGAUGAGGGGGGCGCUAGUUCUAGCGGGAGUCGUGGGGGUAGCAGUAUAGGUGCUGAUAGCGGUGGGGGUAGUGGAGGUAACGGUGACUCAGAAACGAGGAAAGACGAGAGUGCAGAAACGCGUCUAAGAAGGAGGUGCAUCGAGAACUACGUGAAGCAGUGCGAAUUACUGUUCACCUACAUCGAUGACAUAAUUAACGAUCACAUAAGGAGUAACGAAUCGAUCAUCAUUGAAGGGGUUCAUCUAAACGCAGAAAUCAUGGAGAAGUUAAACAAAAAAUAUCCAAACAGCAUUAUCUAUUUUUUAGUAUACAUAAAUGAUAGGGAAACCAGCAUUCGGAGAUUUUCAAGCAGAUCUGUAGAUUUGCAGACGGAAGAAAAUAAGUAUAUAAAAAAUAUUAACUAUAUUAAUGACAUACAGAAAUAUUUAAUGGAAAGGACCAAAUGUUUGCACCCGCCAAUUAAUUAUAUUGAAAAUAUAGACAUAUAUAAUUCGCUAGAGAAGGUCCUUCGGAUAAUUUAUUCAUUUGAUUAA